AUCGGGAGAGGGAGAGCAUCGGAAUAAGAGAAACGACGAUGGAAGCAAACUUUGCGAAGGGGAAGAUGAUAACGGUGCUGAGCAUCGACGGCGGCGGAAUCAGAGGGAUUAUUCCGGCCACCAUGCUCACCUUUUUAGAGGCCAAGCUUCAGGAAUUGGACGGUCCAGAUGCUAGAGUGGCGGAUUAUUUUGAUGUGAUGGCCGGAACGAGCACCGGCGGUUUGGUCACCACCAUGAUCACGGCUCCGAAUAAAGACAAUAGGCCUUUGUAUGCAGCCAAAGAUAUCGUCAAGUUCUACUUGGAUCACACUCCUCACAUCUUCCCUCAAAAAAAGGAUAAAUGUUCUGGAAUCAGCCACUUAUUUAGCCAGGUGACCAAUUUGUUUGGCCAAGUUAUGGGACCAAAAUACGAUGGAAAAUAUUUAAGGUCACUCACCAACGACCUGCUCGGAGAUCUCACUCUCAGUCAAACUUUGGCUUACGUAGUGAUUCCUGCUUUUGAUAUCAAACUUCUCCAACCAGUCAUUUUUACUACCAACGAUGCAAAGUUGAAUGAGUCGAAGAAUCCAAGGCUGGCAGAUGUUUGCAUAAGCACUUCUGCAGCUCCAACAUAUCUACCCGCACACUAUUUCGAGACAAAGGAUUCGAAUGGUACCACUCGUGCGUUUCAUCUAGUUGAUGGUGGGGUUGCAGCAAACAAUCCUACACUCACAGCCAUAUCUCACAUUACAAAAGAGAUUAGUGUGAUGGGGAAUUCAGAAUACAUAAAGAUAAAGCCAAUGGACACAAGGAGGAUGCUGGUUCUAUCCUUAGGGACAGGUUCACCCAAAAAUGAUGAGAAGUACAGCGCACCCCAAGCCUCCAAAUGGGGCCUCUUCAAUUGGAUGUUUGAUGAUGGUGCCACUCCCAUCAUCGACUUCUUCGGCGAUGCCAGUGCCGAUAUGGUCGACUAUCAUGUUUCUACGCUCUUUCAAUCCUUGAAUAGUAAAGAAAAUUACCUUCGAAUUCAGGAUGACACAUUGACUGGGGAUGUAGCCUCCGUUGAUGUUGCGACGCAAGAGAAUUUACAAAGGCUGAUAGAGACCGGAGAGGCCCUAUUGAAGAAACCAGUUUCGAGAGUGAAUUUAGAGACGGGAAAAUUCGAACCAGUUGAAGGAGAAGGUAGCAAUGAAGAAGCUGUUGCAGAAUUUGCCAAGAUGCUCUCCGAAGAGAGAAAGCUAAGGCUAAGCACUUAGAAAAAUUCUCACUUUAUAUUGCACCACUUUUGACUUUGAUAGCUUCACUUGCUUUCUAUUAAUUUAAAUUUAAAAAAAAAAAUCCCAAAUGUUUCUUUUC